AUGAGAAAUGCAACAUGCUUUAAUGGAGCCACGGGGACAUGUAGUCUGGUUUUGGAGUUCAUAAAGCUUGCAAUGGAGGAUCAUGAGACCUUCAGACAACAAAUAAGUCCGACAAAUGAGAGGGAGGUUGCCAGCAAGGGUAACCCUCUUGUUCCCCCGGGUUUCAACCAUGUGCAGCUAGGAAAGGCAAAGCUUGGUUUUGACAAAUUUAUAGUGGAGGCUGAUGGAUCAUGGGAUAAGAAAACAAUGAGAGCAGGGGUAGGCUGGGCAGUUAAGAAUAAUAUACAAGGUGUUGCCAGGGAAGAGAGGGGGAAUUAUGGUACUACAGCGUCAGUCAUUCAGUGUGAGGCCUGGGCUUAUCUUGAAGCUUUGAAGUGGGCUCGGGCUAAAGGAAAACAAGGAAUUCUUCUCUUAUCUGACUCCAUCUCUCUUCUAAAUAAUUUACAAGAUAACCAAGGAAAGGAGAUCUCCAUUAAUUGGCUGCUAAAGGAGCUACGGAUAGUUGGAGCGGCGUUUCAAAGAUGCACAAUUUUAAAAGUUGAUAGAGAUCAGGGAAUAUCUGAUAUUGGAAUUGGUAUAAUGAAGCAACCAUUUUAUGGGAUUGUAAACGAUUUCAAUGGAAGAUGGGCAUGUUACAAGCAAGAUUGGAGUGGUGGAAUUCGAUCCGAUGGAAGCUUGAGCACAGUUGAAACAUUAGCAUCAACAGCAAUAUGUGGGAUCAUUCACUCAAUAAUUGGUGGGCAGCCUCUUCUGAUAGUUGGGGUUGCAGAACCAACUGUGAUCAUGUACUCUUAUCUCUAUAACUUUGCGAAAGAGCGGUCAGGUUUGGGAAAGGAACUUUACCUUGCUUGGGCAGGAUGGGUUUGUGUGUGGACUGCGCUCAUGUUGAUCUUUCUUUCGAUAUUCAAUGUUGCCACGAUCAUUAAACGGUUUACAAGGGUUGCUGGGGAGCUCUUUGGGAUGUUGAUUACUGUUCUUUUCUUCCAAGAAGCUAUCAAAGGAGUUGUAAGUGAAUUUCAUAUUCCCAAAGAUGAGGAUCCACACCAAGAGAAGUUCCUAUUUCAGUGGCGAUAUGCCAAUGGAUUGCUUGGAAUAAUAUUUACUGUUGGUGUUUUUGUAAUGGCCUUAAAGAGCCGUAGAGCAAGGUCAUGGCGCUAUGGUACAGGUCGUAUAAGGAGCUUCAUUGCAGAUUAUGGAGUUCCAUUGAUGGUUGUGCUUUGGACUGCCUUGUCCUUCAGUGUUCCUUCUGGAGUUCCAAAGGGUGUACCUAGAAGGCUCUAUAGUCCUCUGCCUUGGCAGUCUAAGUCUCUGCACCAUUGGAGUGUAGUCAAGGAUAUGGUUAGGGUGCCCACAGCUUACAUCUUUGCUGCCAUCAUUCCUGCUCUGAUGGUUGCAGGGCUGUACUUUUUCGACCAUAGUGUCGCUUCACAACUAGCUCAGCAAAAGGAAUUUAAUCUGAAAAAACCUUCUGCUUACCACUAUGACAUUUUGGUGCUUGGAUUUUCGACUUUGCUUUGUGGACUACUCGGACUACCUCCAUCAAAUGGUGUUCUUCCACAAUCUCCUAUGCAUACAAAGAGCCUUGCUGUUCUCAAGAGGCAGUUGAUGGGGAGAAAAAUGGUAAAAUCUGCAAAGGAAAGCAUACAGAAAAACGCUAGCAGCACUGAAGUGUAUGGUCAGAUGCAGGAUGUUUUCAUCGAAAUGGAUCAAAAUCCCAAUCCACAUGAAGUUGUGAAGGAGUUGGAAGAUUUGAAGCAGGCAGUUAUGAAUGGAGAUAGCAAAGACGGAAAGGAACACAAAACUUUUAAACUUGAACACAUUGACUACUAUUUACCCGUUAGAGUCAACGAGCAAAGAGUGAGCAACAUCUUACAGUCGGUCCUUGUAGGAUGUGCUAUGUUUGCUAUGCCGUUGAUCAAGCUAAUACCCACCUCUGUUCUAUGGGGAUACUUUGCAUAUAUGGCUAUUGACAGUCUCCCGGGAAGCCAGUUCUGGGAGAGAAUCCUCCUCCUCUUCAUUAGACCAGCAAGACGAUACAAGGUUCUGGAAGAAGCUCAUGCGUCAUAUGUGGAAUCAGUGCCUUUCAAAUGCAUUGCUGCUUUCACUGUAUUCCAAAUCGUGUACUUGUUGAUAUGCUUUGGAGUUACUUGGGUACCAAUAGCAGGGAUACUCUUCCCCUUGCCGUUUUUCUUUCUCAUAAGCAUACGCCAACAUAUCCUCCCGAAGUUUUUUCAUCCCUUUCAUCUUCAAGAACUGGACGCGGCUGGCUAUGAGGAGAUUGCUGGUGCACCUAGACGCUCUCAUAGCAUGUCUUUCAGGGAAGGAGAAACUCCUGAUGAUGAUGAGGGAGAUGAUUCUGAGAUACUAGAUGAAUUGACGACUAGUCCAGGGGAGUUCAAGAUCAGAGCUAUGAGCUUUGAUAAUCCUCAGAUUCAUCCUCAAGAGAGUACUAGUUCAGAAUAAAAAAUACAAGCAUUGUACGAGGCAGAUGGGAAAGGCUAAAGAUGACGAAGAUGAUGAUGAAAGAUAGCUUCAAUACAAAAGACAUUCAGAAAGAUUUUGCAUAAGAAAGUUUAAACCUUGAAAAAGAAGAUCAAAGAAAUAUGUGAAAUUUAAUCGCAUGUCAAUGCAAGUAAGCAUGCAGAUUGGUAUGGAGGGGGACGUCACAAUAUUUUUUGGUCGAAAUUCAGAAAGAUGAGAAAUGCACAUACAUUAUAAACUCGAAAAUUAACCAAGUUAGCAAGCUUUAGGAAUCAUAAAAUCAUUGUAGAAUAUUGAUAUAGGAAAUUGUCUGUAAAAAUCAUGUGCAACUUUUUUGCUGCGAAAGGCAAGAAUUUUGAAAGCUUCAUCUGUUUCGUUAUCUGGAAAAAAAAAUUGUGUCCAAUUACCAUACAUUGAGAUACAUUGGAGUCUCCUCUCCUCCAACACAGGUUAGAACGUAUGAUGUUUUUUUUUUUUUUUCUCUUUUUUUUGUGUUUUUUUUUUGUGUGUGUGAAACAAACGUAUGAUGUACCGAGUAUAAAUUAAAUUGACUAACGAAUGUGAAAAUGAUACAGAUAGAUACAAAUCAUUUAAAUGAUUAAAAAAUCUACUUUGUAUUAGAAUUAUUUUUGAUUGAUUGAAUUUCUUCAUCAAUGUACUAUUGUAUGAACAUGAAUUCUACUACAUUUAUUAUUUGUGGAAUUCCAGUAAAUAUUAUUUUGUUGGUACAACGUAUAUAUUAAAGUAUCUAUCUUGCUAACAAAUGCCCCGGGACGUUAGAUAAGUAUUUAAAAUAGAUCCUAAAGUGGUAUUAAUUUGGGAAUGCAUGCCAAAAUCACACGUCAAUUGGUGUAAUUAAUGCUCAUUUAAUCUAAUAUAUCUACUUUAAGUUUUCUUAUACUGGGGGUUGGUUAGCUUUUGCCUUAAAUUAAUACUCCCUCCGUCCCUUAUUGAUAGUUCUUUAUAACUAAUUUUAAGUCCCAAAAUGAUAGUCCAAUUUGCUUUUUUCAGUACUAUUAAUAUUAUUUUUUUUUUUCAAAAUUUCCUCCAA